AUGGCAAGUCCAAUUUUAAAAAAUGGGUUAAAAUUGAAUAAUAUAUCUAAUGACUCUGACUCUAAUAACGAAAUAAAAAAUGAACAAAAUAAUGUAGAUAACUUAAAAGAUAAUCCUUAUAGUCGCCUAAUAGCUCUACAAAAUAUGGGAGUAAUUAAUGAUUAUAACAAAAUAAAAAAUUUUAGUUUAGUAAUUAUUGGAGUUGGAGGAAUAGGUUCUAUUUCAGCAGAAAUGUUAGUACGGUGUGGUAUUGGUAAAUUAGUUAUUUUUGAUUAUGAUAAGGUAGAACUUGCAAAUAUGAAUAGAUUAUUUUAUACACCUAAACAAAAGGGGAUUGAUAAAGUCCAAGCUUGCAUUGAAACUUUGAAAGUGAUCAAUCCUGAUAUUGAUAUCAUUGGAUACAAUUUAAAUAUAUGCACAAAUACUGAUAAAUUUUCUGAAAUUCUGAAAACAUCUAGUAAGACUAAAUCACUAGUUGAUUUGGUUAUAUCUUGUGUAGACAAUUAUGCAGCAAGAAUAACAAUAAGUCAGAUAUGUAAUCAACAUGGAAUUGUAUGGUUUGAAUCAGGAAUAUCAGAAAAUGCAGUAUCUGGCCAUAUACAAAUAAUUAUUCCUGGGAAAACUGCUUGUUAUUCAUGUGUUCCACCUCUUAUUACCUGUUUAGAUAAAGAUGAGACAAAUAUUAUAAGAAAUGGCACGUGUGCAGCAUCAUUACCAACUACUUGUAGUAUUAUUGCUGGUCUAUUAAUAAAUAAUUGUCUUAAAUAUCUUCUUAAUUUUGGUGAACUCUCCUUUUUCUUAGGUUAUAAUGCUCUUUCUGAUUUUUUCCCAAGGUAUAUGAUAGCAUCAAAUCCAGAUUGUUGUGAUAAAUGGUGUAGAUAUAGACAGAAAUUAAAUAGUGAUCUAAAAGUUACUGAAAAAAUAUCUGAUCAUUUAACAAAUUCUGAUGAAUCUCAAAGUUCUAAUUUAUUUGGGAUACAAAUUUUAGAAUCUUCUUGUGAUCAUUCUCAAAGAGAUCAAUUUAAUUAUACUCCUAAUCAAUUAAUUACUGAACAUCUACAGGAUAUUUCCGUAUCAGAAUUAAUGAAAAAGUUAAGUGACAUAACAGAAUUAGAUAUCUAA